AUGCAGUUCUUCAAGACUCUCGCCAUCCUCGCCAUGGGCAUUUCCGUGUCUGCCAUCCCUCUUGGCCCUCAGCAGCACGGCACCGUUGCCGCUGCUAACAAGGCCGGUCACGCCAAGGCCGGAAAUUGCGUGUGCCCCCCUCGCCGAGGUGGACUCUCCAAGAACCGCAGCGCCAGGCUGAGUGCUCGCACCGACGAUGACAAUACUCCCCAAGGUUUCCAGUGCCCCAACUGCCAUCACAACUCUCACUUUUGCGAUGACGGGAGCUGCGAUACCCAUACCACCACCUGGUAA